ACAGACAUUUGAAAAAAAGGGACUAACAUUGAUGUUAUUUAUAGGCUUAGAUAUUAAGCUGUAGAGGUAAUAUUUGACAGCACCCCCUCCCUCCCUGCCUGCCUCGCGCUCCACUCCCAGCAUAUCCGUUUUUAUUCUGAGUCACCGUGUCGGUCGAACCGAACCGGAGCUAUUUAACGCAUUUCCUGCUUCUGUUUGCUUGAAUAACCGAUGACCCAGGUGGUUCAGAGGCGCGUUGACAUGACAGCUUUGGUUCCUCCUCCUGCGUCGCUGCACAGCAGGAGGCACGGAUCUCCUGCUCUGUCACCUUCCAGUCCUACAGGCUCUCGGCUGAAUUUAUCUAAAGAACGACAAGAGGACGGAGAGAAAAAAAAAGAGCUGUCCAUGGUGCUGCAGGAUAAAGAGCGGCGCGCGCAGCAGCAGCUGGAGCGCUGUGCCGAGGAGAGAGGGAGGAAGAUGGAGCAGCAGAGGAGGAAGGAGCAGCAGCGCCGAGCCGCAGCUGAGGAGAAGAGACGGCAGCAGCAGGAUGCAGAGAAGGAGAGGCUGGAGGCCCUGGUGCGCCGGAGAGCCGGGGGCGCCGAUAGAAGAGGAGGAGGAGCAGGGGAGGCCCGGGACCACCUGGACAACAGGCCCAAACGGUGGACAUGGGGAGGACCGCCUGACGGAGUGGAAGGUAACCCUAAGACCCUGCCCCGCCAUGCCAUUGGCUCCGCUCAGCCCAAUGAGCUUCCUGCCGCUCCCAGCGCCAGCCAAUCCCCCAACGUCGACUUCUUGUCUCCUCCGACGAUGGAUCAGCUAAACAACAAGCAGCUUUCCAGCUCUUCAGCAGCACUCAACUCCCCAGAGAGAGUGUCUUCUCUGUCCCGUCGAACAGCUUCCCCCAACAACAGAUCCUUCAGGAGUCCCUCCAACCGCAGAAGCAUUGCUGGAUUCCCUGAGGAGACCUCCAAAGCAAAAACACCCACGGGGGAGACACCCAACACCCCGGUCCGAAGUUCUUCCUUCAAGGCCAACAGCAAGGGCCACGCUGCUUCUAAGCGGGUGAGGUCCACCAGGAGUCGCGCCCAGUCACCCUGCUCUCCCGGACAAUACCCCCCCUCUCCGCUCCGGCAGAGAGCCACCACCCCCGGCAGCGGCGACGACAGGGGCAACAAUGACAGCAAAGGUCACAGCACCCUGGAAAGAAAAUCUGCCAAAUCUGAAGCCUCAGACAACAAGAGGAUCACAAAAUCCAGCAGCAGAGAGCUGAACGCAGAGUCACCAAGCACUCCCACAGGCCGGAGCGUUGGAGGGACCACGGAUGCUGAGGAGGCGUCCCGGCUGCUGGCAGAGAGGCGCCGUCUGGCCCGAAUACAGAAGGAGCAGGAGGAGAGGCAGCGGCAGGAGGAGGAGAGACUGAAGGCUGAGGAGGAGCAGAAAAGGCAGCAGGAGGAGAGGGAACGUCAGGAGAGAGAAGCGCUCCAGGCAGAGGAGGAGAGAGUGGGGAAGGAGGAGGAGAGAAGGACCAGAGAAGAAGAGGAGAGACGACAGAAGGAGCAGAGAUGGAAGAACAUGCAGGACCAGCUGGACAGAGAGAGGGAGGAGGCCUUCCUGCGAGCUCAAAGGGAGGCUGAGAGGAAGAGACAGGAGAGGGAGCUGCUGCACAUCCAGGAGGAGCAGGAGAGGCAGCAGAGAAAGAAGAGAAUUGAGGAGAUUAUGAAGAGAACAAGGAAGAGCGAAGUGGAGCAUCCAUCUGCUGCCUCGGCCUCUGGGGUUAAAUGCGAGGCUGUUGGUGCCUCAGAGGAGGAUGCUCCGACCCCGGCUGAAGCCCCCAUCAUCAUGCUGGGGCCCCUGGAGAAUAAGAGCUUCGUGGACGAGCUUUCUGAUGGAGUCCAGUCCAUGGACGUCAGUUCUCCAUCUGUCUCCAUCAGCCCGGUUUCCAGGGAGGAGCAGGCGAGUGCUCAGGAGUUUUCCCCAGUCGCUGAGGGACCUGACGGCUAUCCCCCCGACCACCUGAUGGACCUGGACGGUCCGGGACGGGGACAGCGUCAGGGCGCUGAGACGCCGGCCUACCCCAAGCUGCAGGCCGGCAGCGGGGUGGGAGACCUCAACAAGAACCUGCUGAUCCAGGCGUACAGCGCCGCCUCAGAGUCCUCGCAGCUCAUCCACAGCGUCGGCCCGAGCAAACUAGACAUCUAAAAGCCUGUUUUCAGGAGCUAAAACAGGAACACUAUCACCUCCCUCUGCAACAACAGGCAUCAUUUCCACAAGACAAAGCUUAGCAUCUGAUUUUCAUCCGUGUUACCAAACCACUCCCAUGACCAGCAGAAGUCUGACUCAGAAAACACAUUCUGACUCAGUUAUGUCAAUAAUGUGAAGCCUAUGUUUCUAGUAAGAUAACUUUACAGGAACAAAGAAAAGAAGAAAUUCUUCUGCUGUCUGUUAAAUUGAACCUAGACCCAACGACGUAUUUAUGACAUGAAACUUUAAAGUUCAGGUGUUCUACUUGUAAACGUUUAAAUGGGUCCAUCGCCUGCUGCAGAGGUCCUGAUG